AUGACCUCCACACGCCGGACCCAUCGCCUCGCGCUGCGCGGCAACGAGCUGCUGCACAACCCGCGCUGGAACAAGGGCACCGCGUUCACCAUCGAAGAGCGCAAGGAGUUCGGCCUCCGGGGGCGCCUGCCCUCGCGGGCCAACACACUCGACGAGCAAUGCGGACGGGCGUAUGCGCAGUUCCAGUCGCGCGGCGACGCGAUCCAUAAGAACACAUUUCUGCACAGUCUGAAGGAGCAGAACUGGGUACUGUAUUAUGGGCUUAUCGCCAGGAACCUCAAGGAGAUGACGCCGAUUAUCUAUACACCGACUCAGGGAGAUGCCAUCGCGCAGUACUCGCACCUCUUUCGCAGAAGCGAGGGGCUAUUCCUCCACUUCCCGGAUAAGGAUAAGAUGGAGGAGGACUAUCUCGAGCAGACCAAAGGGCGCACCAUCGACCUUGUUGUGGUCACUGACUCGGAGGCCAUCCUUGGGAUUGGAGACCAGGGCGUCGGAAUCUCGACUGCAAAAUCAGCUAUCUACACGUUGCUGGGUGGCGUCAACCCCUCGAAUACCCUGGCGGUGGUGCUUGACGUCGGUACGGAUAACCAAGAUCUCUUGAACGACAAGCUCUAUGUUGGAUGGCCGCACAAACGCGUGCGAGGAAAGGAAUAUGACGAAUUUGUGGACAAGUUCGUCCAGCUUGUUCGCAAGCACCACCCCCAUUGCCUGUUGCAUUUCGAGGACUUUGGAGUCAGCAACGCGCAAGCACUCCUCGAGCGGUACAACGACACCCACGCCGUUUUCAACGACGACAUCCAGGGCACAGGCGCCGUCACCCUCGCCGCGCUCAUGACCGCCGUUGGCGUCACCAAGUCCACCCUCGCGGACCAGCGCAUCGUCGUGUACGGCGCUGGCUCCGCUGGACUCGGCAUCACGCGCCAGAUUCGCGAUGCGAUGGUCCAGGCCGACGGUCUGUCCGUUGAGGAAGCCAACAAGCGAUUCUACCUCCUCGACCGCUUCGGUCUGAUAAAGUCUUCCCUCCCGUCCGACCAGAUCCGCCCCGCAGCGCACGACUUCGUGCGCCCCGCCGAGGAAUGGGACGGCGUGCCGCAGAACAACAAGGGCGAGACGGGUUUGCUGGAUGUCGUGAAGACGGUCAGGCCGACGGUGCUCAUCGGGUGUUCGACGCAGGCGGGCGCGUUCACCAAGGACGUUAUAACGACGAUGAAGGAGGGCGCGGAGAGGCCGAUUAUUUUCUCGCUGAGUAACCCCAGCAGGCUGGUUGAGGUCGAUCCGAAGGACGCGAACGACUGGACGGGCGGGAUGGCGCUGCUGGCGACGGGGAGCCCGUUUCCGCCUGCGAAGAUGCCGAAUGGGAAGAAGGAUUACAUCAUCGCAGAGUGCAACAACGCCCUGAUCUACCCCGGGCUCGGGUACGGCGCGCUGCUCUGCAAAUCGCGGCGCAUGACCGACAAGAUGAUUAUCGCGGGCGCGCAGCGGCUUGCGUCGCUCGCGCCGGCGCUGAAAGAUCCAGACGAUGCGCUGCUCCCCGACUUCGACGUCGCGCCGCACGUGAACUUUGAGAUUGCCGUCGCCGUCGCCGAGCAGGCGUUCGACGAGGGUAUUGCUGAUGUGUCAUGGGGGAAGGAGGAGACGAGGAAGAAGGCGGAGGAGGGGUUGUGGAGGCCGGUGUAUGAGGAGUAUAAGUUUGAUAAGGAUGGGGUGGAUUGGUAA